AAAGAAAAGAAAUUAGGAUUCGAAUUUCAACCGUCUUUGUACAAGAAAAGAAAUCGAUUUGCGUUGCCUUUUCUUCCUCAAAUUAUUCGUGUUUAUUUCCUGCUUUCUUCUGCCUCUGCCUUCGUUUUUCUCUCCCGCUAUUCGAUUUUCUGCACUUGCUUUCCCGGGGUUCGGAAUUGUCUGGGGAGAUUACUUGUUUCACUUCGAAUUUACAGGGAACAGUUCUUGUGCUGCUAAUGAUUUUUAGGAUCCUGUGAUAAGUACACUUCUCACCAUGCUGAACGAUAAUAGUACCAAUAGUCCGUCGACGCCUGGUGGCCGGAUUCGGCAUCGGAGGCGCCCAAGUGAUGCAACUUCGGAGGAUGGCAAACUCAAUGAAAGAAAAUUACUUGUUGAUGACCGGAGCAAAUACAAAUCGAUGUUAAUCCGUGCAUACUCAACAAUUUGGAUGAUUGGGGGUUUUGCACUAAUAAUAUACUUCGGGCAUCUCUAUAUUACUGCUAUGGUUGUGGUUAUUCAACUUUUCAUGGCCAAGGAACUGUUCAACCUACUCAGGAGAGCUCGCGAGGAUACUCGUCUACCAGGGUUUCGACUGUUAAAUUGGCAUUUCUUCUUCACAGCAAUGCUAUUUGUGUAUGGUCGCAUUUUGAGUCAGCGGCUUGUCAAUACUGUCACCUCGGAUAAAUUUUUAUAUCAGCUAGUGAGCAGUCUCAUCAAGUAUCAUAUGGUUAUUUGUUAUUCUUUAUAUAUUGCAGGCUUUAUGUGGUUCAUUCUUACUUUAAAGAAGAAGAUGUAUAAAUAUCAAUUUGGGCAGUAUGCAUGGACGCAUAUGAUUCUAAUUGUCGUUUUUACACAGUCCUCUUUCACAGUAGCCAAUAUUUUUGAAGGAAUCAUCUGGUUUCUCCUACCAGCAUCACUUAUUGUUAUCAAUGACAUCGCUGCCUAUAUAGUUGGGUUCUUCUUUGGAAGAACACCAUUGAUCAAAUUAUCUCCAAAGAAAACUUGGGAGGGAUUUAUAGGAGCCUCUAUAUUGACUAUGAUAUCUGCUUUUGGUCUUGCUAAUGUCAUGGGUCGUUAUCAGUGGCUUACUUGUCCAAGAACGGAUUUAUCAACUGGUUGGCUUCACUGUGAUCCUGGUCCUUUGUUUAAGCCCGAAUCUUUCACUUUACCAGGAUGGACUCCUGAUUGGUUUCCAUGGAAGAAGGUAAGCAUAUUGCCAGUUCAAGGACAUGCAUUAUGUCUUGGUUUAUUUUCAUCAAUAAUUGCUCCUUUUGGAGGCUUCUUUGCGAGUGGUUUUAAAAGAGCCUUCAAAGUCAAGGAUUUUGGUGAUAGUAUUCCUGGACAUGGUGGAAUUACAGAUAGAAUGGAUUGUCAGAUGGUGAUGGCUGUAUUCGCCUACAUAUUUCAUCAAUCCUUUGUUGUGGCUCAGAGCAUAUCUGUUGAUACAAUCUACGACCAGAUACUAGUGAAUCUCACAUUCGAGGAACAGGCAGCUCUUUACAUGAAGCUGGGUCAAAUCUUGCAACAGCGGAUGAUUAGUUAGAAGCUUAAAGAUAAAAAUCUGAUGCCUUCAAUCUAUCUCGUUGUUUAGAAAAAAGUUCGGACAUUGUACCUUAGUGAUUAGUCAUAAAUAAUAAUCUUUCUGGAUAGCCUGAAAAAUCGAGUUGUUUCUUAGAUGUGUAAUCAAUAACUAUAUCAUUUGUUUAGGGUUUAUAUGAUUCUUUUAUUUUAGUUGAAGAGAGUAUGCAAUCGUAUAAAAGAAACCAUUUUAGACAGUGAA